AUGAAGUUCUGCGACCACGUGAGUAUGGAGAUCCUGUCCCCCCUCUUUGGCACCCUGCACCCCGGUUUCUACCAGGCAGCCCACAAGGACUUCAGCUACGAGCAUUGGCCACAGUCGCAGGCACACAUCCCCAGGGACAAGGGCGACUUUUACUACAUGAGGACCUUUUUGCAGGGUCGGUGGGCUGAGAUGCUUCUAGAUCAGUACCGAAAGAAGUCAAAGCUCUUCCAUACUACAGUUGUCCUGGCCCCACUAGGAGAUGAUUUUCGCUACUGUGAACGCAUAGAAUGGGAUCAUCAGUAUAAGAAUUAUCAGCUGCUUUUUGAUUAUAUGAAUUCUCAUCCUGAGUAUAAUGUUAAGCCUUAUGUUUACACAACACUGCCCUUUGUCAGAGUGCAACGUGGAAGGUUUUACUCAGACGUGACUUGCUUUUUGGAACAUGUUACCCAUAGGGUCCGACUGUACAACAUCCAAGGAAUAGACGGACAGUCUGUGGAAGUGUCCAAUAUCGUGGACAUCCGAAAAGAACAUAACCGUGAGAUUGCAAUGAGAAUUUCUUCUAGCAUAAACAGUCAAAACAAAUUCUAUACUGACCUGAAUGGAUAUCAGAUUCAGCCCAGAAUGACGAUGAGCAAAUUGCCUCUUCAAGCAAAUGUCUAUCCGAUGACCACAAUGGCCUAUAUACAGGACACCAAGCAUCGCUUGACAUUACUCUCAGCUCAGUCUUUAGGGGUUUCAAGUUUGAAAAGUGGUCAGAUUGAAGUUAUCAUGGAUGGAAGACUCAUGCAAGAUGAUAAUCGCGGCCUUGAGCAAGGUGUCCAUGAUAACAAGGUUACAGCUAAUUUAUUUCGACUACUACUGGAAAAAAGAAGUGUGAAUACGGAAGAAGAAAAGAAGUCAGUCAGUUAUCCUUCUCUCGUUAGCCACAUAACUUCCUCUUUCCCGAAUCAUCCUGUCUUUACAAUGACAGAAAAGAUCCCCGUGCCCACCCUUCAGCUGCUAGGUGAAUUCUCUCCGUUACUGUCAUCUUUGCCUUGUGACAUUCAUCUCGUUAAUCUGAGGACAAUACAGUCAAAGGUGGAUGGCAAGCAUUCCGAUGAGGCAGCCUUGAUCCUCCACAGGAAGGGGUUUGACUGCCGCUUCUCGAGCAGAGACACGGGGCUGCUUUGUUCCACAACCCAGGGAAAGAUUUUGGUACAGAAGCUUCUUAGCAUGUUUACUGUCGCAAGUCUCAUACCUUCAUCAUUAUCCUUGAUGCAUUCACCUCCAGACGCCCGAAAUAUAAGUGAGAUCAACUUGAGUCCCAUGGAAAUCAGCACAUUCCGAAUCCAGUUGAGAUGAACCUGGCUUUCAAAUUUUGAUUGGGAAGCAUUGUCUUUUAUACACUUCUUGGUUUGACGUGCAAUAAGGAAGCACAUUAUUUUAGCUUCUGGCUACUGUGAGGACAUGAAUUCUGUGAUUGUUAUUAUUAUUAUUAUUAUUAUUAUUAUUAUUAUUAUUAUUAUUAUUAUUAUUACUAGUACAGAAAGAAAAAAAAAAGCCAUGCUAUAGCCAGUUUUUCUUUAAGUUCCAUCCAUGAAUCACCACCAUCAGUAUGAAUCGAUGCAACAAUGAAGGAAGAAA